AUGUGCGGAAUCUUUGGCUACAUCAACUACCUCGUCGAGAAGGACCGAAAGUACAUCCUAGACACCUUGGUCAAUGGCCUGUCCAGGCUAGAAUACCGCGGGUACGACUCUGCAGGUCUGGCCGUCGACGGAGACAAGAAAAAUGAAGUCUUUGCCUUCAAGGAGGUUGGCAAGGUGGCCAAGCUGAAGGAGCUCAUUGCUCAAUCUGGUGUCGACUUGACCAAGACCUUCGAUUCUCAUGCUGGCAUUGCUCACACUCGCUGGGCUACCCAUGGUCCCCCAUCUACCCUCAACUGCCAUCCUCACAGAUCUGACCCCAAAUGGGAAUUCACUGUCGUUCACAAUGGUAUCAUUACCAACUACAAAGAACUCAAGGCUCUGCUCGAGGGCAAGGGCUUCCGCUUCGAGACCGAGACCGAUACCGAGUGCAUUGCGAAGCUCGCCAAGUAUCUAUUCGACUCCCACCCAGAUAUUGACUUCACUACCCUAUGCAAGGCCGUCAUCAAGGAGCUGCAGGGCGCUUUCGGUCUUCUGAUGAAGUCGGUACACUUCCCCCAUGAAGUCAUCGCUGCUCGCAAGGGUUCACCCCUGGUCAUUGGCGUCAAGACUGCGAAGAAGAUGAAGGUUGACUUCGUGGAUGUUGAAUACUCCGAAGAAGGUGCUCUCUCUGCUGAGGCGGCCAGCCAUAACGUUGCCGUCAAGAAGUCAGCCAACGGUCUCCUAGCCCCCACGAACCUCCUCGCGCCCCCCGACAAGUCCCUCUUGCACCGCUCCCAAUCUCGAGCCUUCUUGUCUGAUGACGGCAUGCCUCAACCCGCCGAAUUCUUCCUCUCAUCCGAUGCCUCUGCUCUUGUCGAGCACACCAAGAAGGUCCUGUACCUGGAAGAUGAUGAUAUUGCCCACAUUCACGACGGUCAGCUCAACAUCCACCGUCUGGCCAAGGACGAUGGCACUUCCAAUGUCCGUGCUAUUCAGACUAUCGAGCUCGAGCUGCAAGAGAUCAUGAAGGGUAAAUUCGACCACUUCAUGCAAAAGGAGAUCUUCGAGCAGCCCGAGUCUGUUGUCAAUACCAUGCGUGGUCGCUUGGACGUGGCCAACCAGACGGUUACGCUGGGUGGUUUGAGACAGUACAUGUCCACCAUUCGCCGCUGCAGAAGACUGAUCUUUAUCGCCUGCGGCACAUCUUACCACUCCUGCAUGGCUGUCCGUGGUGCCUUUGAGGAGCUCACCGAAAUCCCCAUCAGUGUGGAGUUGGCUUCGGAUUUCCUCGAUCGGAAGGCUCCUGUGUUCCGUGACGAUACCUGCGUGUUCGUCUCCCAGUCCGGUGAGACUGCCGACUCUCUGAUGGCUCUGCGCUACUGCUUGGAGCGUGGCGCUUUGACUGUUGGCAUUGUCAACGUAGUGGGCUCUUCGAUCUCCCUCCUGACUCAUUGCGGUGUUCACAUCAAUGCUGGCCCCGAGAUUGGCGUUGCCUCCACCAAAGCCUACACCUCACAGUUCGUUGCCAUGAUCAUGUUUGCUCUAUCUUUGAGCGAGGAUCGCGCCUCUAAGCAGAAGAGACGCGAGGAGAUCAUUAUCGGCCUCUCCAAGAUCAGCGAACAGUUCAGGGAGAUUCUCAAGCUCAAUGAUUCGAUCAAGGCCAUGUGCAAGAAGUUCUUGCAGGGCCAGAAGUCGUUGCUACUCCUGGGUCGUGGCCAUCAGUUCUCUACUGCUCUCGAGGGAGCCCUGAAGAUCAAGGAAAUAUCCUAUCUUCACUGCGAAGCCGUCAUGUCAGGCGAGCUGAAGCACGGUGUUUUGGCCCUGGUGGAUGAGAACCUGCCAAUCGUCAUGAUCUUGACCCGAGACAACAUCUUCGCCAAGUCUCUGAACGCCUAUCAGCAAGUCAUCGCACGUGCUGGCCGACCUAUCGUCAUCUGCAACACCGGCGAUCCCGAGUUCCCUCCCGAUAAGACUGAGCGUAUUGAGGUCCCCCAGACCUGCGAUAUCCUUCAGGGUCUGCUCAACGUCAUUCCUCUACAACUCAUGGCCUACUGGCUUGCUGUGUCAGAGGGUCUCAAUGUCGACUUCCCUCGCAACUUGGCUAAGUCUGUUACUGUCGAGUAG